GACCAGGAACCAGUAAAGAAAGAAAGACAUGUAGGGUUUACUGGUAUAGAUUCCGACAAGGAAACAGAAGAGAACCAGAGUUAUAUAUGUAAGGUUGUGGGUGGAGUUGUACAAAAAAUACCAGUGGAUUCCAAAGGAUCCCCAACCAAUUCACCAGCUGUGAAAAGAAGACCAAAAACGGGGCGGAAAAAGAUUGAUCGGAGGGUGUCCUGUAAGGACCUAGGGAAGGGAGAUUGUGAAGGAUGGUUACAUAAGAGAAAGGCGAAGGGUGGCGGAGGUUUGUUCAGUCACUGGCAGAAACGAUGGUGUGUGAUCAAGGAUUACAACAUGUUCUGUUACCAUGACAAAGAGUCGUUGAAAGCAGAAGUUGUGAUUCAUCUUCCUGCAUUUAAAGUGUCACCUGUUGAUUCUACAGAUUUUAAAACAAAGAAACAGGCUUUUAAAAUACAUAAUUCAGGAACCUGUUUUUACUUUGCCUCAGAAAGACAAGAAGAUAUGAGCAAAUGGAUGAACAAAAUGGGUUUAGCAGCUAUUACAUUCUCAGAGAAGUUCAAGAAGCCAGAGACUGGAAAAAUUGAUAAAAACCAUCCAGAUCCUGACUAUAGCGAAAGUGAUGAAGACCCUUCCCUGACCUCCCGUAGUAGUUCAACUUCAUCAUUACAUUCUGUUGGUAGAACUUCAGAUUUACGGGCACCGUCUCCGGACAUCGGUGCUAGUCAGGAAGACCUGUCUGUGAUGAUUCGUAAGCAAUCUCAAAGAGGUCAAAACUUAUUUGGUGAAGACUUGAAUAAACAAAGGAGAAGUGCUCUCUCAAAAGAUAUGGUAGAAAAAGUAUCUCCAGAAGUUAUAAAAUUCAAGAAAGUGAAAAGUUUAGAAAGAACAUUAAAGGCGAAGCAGAAAGAGUUAGAAGAGUUAGAAACAUUAUUGACGGGAAUUUCCCCAGAAAAGUUACACAUGUAUCAAGCGUUACAUACAAACCCCGGAGAAACAGACUCGGAAUAAACCAGUUUACCGUUAUAUUUCCAUUAAAAAA